AUGGAGUCCGGGGACGUGUCGCUGGCCAUCCGCCGCGCCCGGCGGAACAACGCCAAGAGCUUGGACCUGAGCUGCCGUGGCCUCAGAAGUUGGCCCCCGGAGCUCUUCAACCUGCGGCAGCUCGAGAACUUGGACCUCAUCUUCGCGAUUUCGGCGGACAUGGCCGGCAAUGCUGGACCUCGCUGGAAGCCUGAGAUUGGCGCUGGAUUCGACCAAAGGCCGGUGGCUGGCGACUGGAACCAUGGAGUGCGUGAAGAGAACGAUGGCGAGAAGGACUUCCACGCCCUGCUGGACCAACUGCUAGCUCGACACUUGCGUGACCUUGCGGAGGUGAAAGCGGAGAACGAUGUGCUGCGUGCGCAGCUUGCACGAAACAAUCAGGCCCUGGAGGUGCAAACAAGCAUUUCUGCGAAGCAGACAGGUCAAGGUGAGCCCCAAACUCCGACGGAGUCGGAGAUCCGGGCAAAGAGCGAGCAGCUCGAGGAACCCGAGAAAGCGAUCCUGGCAAAGAGUCUUGAGGAGAAGCUGAACGGCAAUCAAAAGACCGGUGAGGAGGAGGUGGUCACGGUCAUGAUGCGCGUGAAGCGCUUCUUGCAGUCUAGUACCUUCGAUGCGUUGAUCUCCUGCGUUUUGUUCGCCAAUGUCAUGUUCUUGGCCUUCCAACUUCAGAUGGAGGGCUCCCGAAUUGGCUUUGGCAUCGACUACUAUGCCAAUCAAGUGCCGGGGGAUGCGGACUGGCCAACUAUCCAGGAGGUGCUGCGGAUCAUCGAGAACAUCUUUACAGUCAUUUUUUCCGUCGACGUGCUUGUGCGGAUCGUGGUCUUGCAGUGUGCCUUUUGGAAGAGCGUCAUGAACUGGAUCGACACCAUCGUGGUGACUCUCACCAUCGCCACCCUCUUCCUGGACAUGUCCAGUCUGCCGUUGGACCCCAUCUUCCUUCGUCUGCUGCGCCUCGGCAAGUUGGCCCGAGCCUUUCGGAUGAUCAUCCUCUCAGGGCGCUUGGAGUCCUUUGGGCUGCUGCUGAAGUGCGUGGUGGCCUCCGUGACGAUGCUGGGCUACGCCACGCUGGUCCUGGUCUUCGUUCAGUGUGUGAGCGGCAUGGUCAUCAGCACUUUGGUCUCGCGCUACUUGGAGGAUUCGGGCAUUGAUAAGGAGCAGCGGCGGUAUGUCUUCCAAUACUGGGGCACCUUCACCCGGACGUUCCUGACGAUGUUUGAGGUGUUGUUUGCAAAUUGGGCCCCUUCCUGCCGCUCAUUGGUGGACAAUGUGAGCGAGUGGUUCACGGUUGUCUUCAUCGCCUACCGAUGCAUCGUGGGCUUCGCGCUGCUCAACGUGGUGAACUCUGUCUUCGUGUCGCAGACCUUGAAGAUCGCGGACUCCGAUGAGGAGUACCUCAUCAAGGUCCGGGCGAGGAACGAGGCCCAGUAUCGGAAGAAGCUGCAUGCCCUAUUCAAGGCGGCUGACAUCACCAAUGAUGGGUACUUGACCAUCGAUGAGUUCAUGCAGCUCUUGGAGAACGACCAGCUCCAGCUGUGGCUCUCGCAGCUGCAGCUCGAAUACCAUGACCUGGUGGAGCUCUUUGACAUGAUCGACUCAGGGGACGGUCGCAUUGACUGGAAGGAGUUCAUGGAUGGAGCUGGGCGCUUGAAAGGGCAAGCCAAGAGUAUGGACGUUUUCCGCCUGGAGACGAAGCUGGACACCUUGAUGCGGCGCAUGUGUCCGGCCCCGCGGCAGGUGACCGGCUGA